UUGUUAUUUUUCAUCCAUGUUGUUGUGGGGCUAUUUGCAGAAAGAGAUGGACAACCAAACCAACCUGGAAAGAGUACAAAUACAUUAUACUAUGAUACUUUGAUGGAGAUGUGACAUUAUUUUAUAGGGUUUAUACCUCAAUUUUCUGAGCAUCAAUGGUGACAACAUUUCCCAGGAAUCCAGCCCCAUUUGCCCCUCACAUUCAGGACCAGAAACUGAAGGAGAAAAAAGGGCAGAAAAAGAGAGAGAUUGGCACUGAAAACCAGGGGAAAAAAGCAAUAUUAUGUUGCUGCCAUUGGUUUUUUCUUGAACAGUACACUUAAACUGAUGAUUUUGCCUCAGAAUUCCUACGUGUAAAAGUCCAUGCUUUUGGUGGUGUCUGACGUUUUUUACACAGGAUCACUUCAGCCACCAGCAGAUAUCACCAGCUUUUCCAGUGGGCUUUUUUGGGUGCUUGGUUUCAUUUCUUGAAGCGAAAGUAAGAAAGAAAGAUUAAUUGUUGCUUUAAGCUGAAUUAGUUCCCAUAAAGGGUUCUUGUUUUAGCAUGUAUUGAUUCCCCGACAAGUGUGUGUAUGUGGUGGUGAUUGAAGAAAAUUUAACACCCUGUUGUGGUAAGUUUGCUUUUUUCAUACACUUGUGUGUUUAAAAGUUCUGUAAUUUAGUUCAAGAAACCUUUCACAGUCUGCCCUUUUCUUCCCAAUGUUCAUAAAUGAGCAUUUCUGCAGUGCAUCAUGUUUUUCAAGUUCUGGGGUUUGACUGAUCUUUAAGGAAUUCUUGGUAUUUAUAUUUAAUUUAUGUUCCUUUUUUGAAUUCAAGAGGCUGAUGUUGUAACUGAGAGAUGGAUGAAAAGGGUGUAUUUGAGGAGGAUAUUGAUAGCUUGUACCCAAUGUUUUUUGGUGUUUCUUGUGCAUUUUUUGCUCUCAGGCUCUUGCCAGAGCCUGAAAUCUGUGAUGAGAAAUGGUCAGAAAUAAGAAAUAGAAUGCUAAAGGGAAGUGCUCAUCUGUUGGGAUUGCUUGUUUGGAGAGUUCAGAAGGAGGUUGCCAAUAGUGAAAGAUUUGAGCUUCUCCACAAGCUUAAAAUGGCACAAAAAGAGAUAGGGGAACUGAAGAGAAUAAGAAGUGAAGAUGCAAAGGCCAAUGAGAGAGUUGUGAGCAUGUUUGCAGCCAGAGAACAGAGCUGGUUUGAUGAGAGGAAGAAGCUCAGACAGCAAAUUGGUGCUCUGAUGAAUGACUUGAGAGUUCUUGAGAUGAAGAAAGAAAAAACUAUUGCUGAAUUGGGUGAAAAGUUGAAGGAAACUGAAGUUAUUUUGCAGUCGAAGGAUGAAUUGAUUGAGGAAGGGGAGAGGACGAGACAGGAAACUGAGGAGAAGCUGCAGAAAGCAGAAACUCUGGCUGAGGAGUUGACCGAAACUGUGAAGAGUGAAGCCCAAAGGCAUUCUAGUGAGAUUUCCAAGCAUAAGACGGCGUUCAUUGAGCUCGUUUCUAACCAGCGCCAGCUUGAAGCGGAGAUGGGCCGGGCUGUUAGGCAACUUGAGGCAACAAAGGAAGAGCUCGAUUUGGUGUUGGAGCAGAAGGAGGAGUUGGUUUUGGUGAACCAAAGGCUCUCUAUAGAGCUUGUUAAAAUACAUAAGGAUUUGGAACAGAAAGACCAGAUCUUGUCAGCUAUGCUGAGGAAAUCUAAGUUAGAUACGUCCGAGAAAGAAAUGCUUCUAAAGGAGGUGAAAUUGUCCAAGGCAAAGAGAAAGCAAGCUGAGCUAGAAACAGCUAGGUGGAAGGCGGUUUCUGAGUCUAAACAUGAAAAACAUUCAUCAAGAAGUAUGUUGUCUAAGCAUGUAAGGGCAAAGCAGGAUGCAUUCUUGGGUGGUAAAAUGCUGCAUGCCAAUGGCUACCCUCUUGAGAACGAACAACUGGAGAUUAGGAAAGGGCUUGAAGUUUUUUCCCAAGAAAUCGAGCAAAGGCAUCAUCUGGAGAUUGAUGCUUUUGCGGAGCAACUGAGAGUCAAAGACGAAAAGUUGGAAGCUUUUCGUUGGCGUUUGAUGAGCAUGGAACUUGAAUCUAAGAGGUUUCAAUCGCAUAUUGAAGGGCUUAAUCAUGAAAUUGCACAGCUCAGGCAGAAAAACAUGAAAUUGGAGGGCAUGCUUUUAGACCGUGAAGCAGAAUUACAUUCAUUAAAAGAGCAGUUGGUAUUGGAUUCAAGUUCUCCAAAUCAGCAGAAACAGAACUUCAACCCUUCCCGACAAGAUGCAUCUGUAGGCCCUGAUGCAGUUUGGUCGAAAGUCAAGGUCAUUAAAAGAAAAUCAGGGCGUAAAAAGCUCGAAAAGAAGGUAAUAGCUGAGGAAGUUUCUCAAGAAGUAGAGAAUGACAAUGUAGACGGAAGGUCAGCUAACGAGCAGCUCCAUGAUAUUGUUUUGACACUUGAAUCUCCAAAUAAGGAGAUAAAAGAAGGGAAAGUUUGUGCCUCAGAUACGGGACCUCUUGAGCAGGAAAGUAUCGACUUAGAAGGUGUUGUAAAUGCUGAAACAGCAACCUCAGGCAAGAGAAGUAAUUCUACUUGGACGAUGGAUGUUCAUGCCCUUGGCAUCUCUUACAAGAUCAAGAGACUUAAGCAGCAACUGCUCUUGCUCGAGAGGCUAACAGGAAAGAAAGAAAACUGUGAGGACAAUGACCAAAACAAUCCAUAUUGCGGAUGGAAGGGAUUCAAUGCAGCUAUGUCAAUCCUGAACAAACAAGUUGACCGAUACCAAAAUCUCCAGGGGAAAAUCGAUGAUCUUUGCAAGAGAAUGCACGGGAACAACCUGAAUUCGAACUGUGGAGGUUCAACCAUUGCCAGGCCAGAGGAUGGAACCAAAAGGCUGGAGCAAUUUCUUGAAGAAACCUUCCAACUUCAGAGAUACAUAGUUGCAACAGGGCAAAAACUAAUAGAAGUUCAAGCUAAGAUCGUCUCUGGCUUUCUUGAGAAUGCGGAAGAUAUUGAAAAGCCUGAAAGCUUCGACAUGAAGCGAUAUGCUGAUAUUAUCAAAACCCUUUUCCGAGAAGUUCAGAGGGGCCUUGAAGUUCGGAUAUCCCGACUCAUUGGAGAUCUUGAAGGAACCUUAGCGUUUGAUGGUUUCCAUACAUCUCAAAAGUAAUGAGACCAAGAGAAAUGACUUUGAGGUCUAUCUUAAUUUCGAAACCAAUGUAGAGAAUCUGUAGCUAAUCUGUAUAGUAUCUCUACUCAGUUCAAACUUUUUCGAGAUUAUUCAGCUUAUUUGAGCUACAUGUUGAAAACCAUUCUUCCUAUUAUCAAGAUUACAAUGAACAAGCAUGUUCAAAAACCUGCCGAAGCUGAGGGAAAACGAACUCGGCGAGCUUAUGAAUAAGCUGUCAAGGUGCUUUUUUCUCAAUUAAUAGCCAUUCAAUCUGUUGUAAGCC